AUGCAAGCAUACCUCGCGGAAAAAUAUAUGUCAGGGCCUAAAGCAGACGCUAUUCUAUCCCGGACAACUCAAAAGAAAAAGAAGAAACGCAAAGCCGACACAGCAACCACAGCAUCUUCAAUGCGCAAUGAUGAAGAAGAAGAUUUUGCAGAAGCCGCUGUCGCGAAGGACCGUAGCUUCAAGAAACGCCGUGUUGAAGAAGGUUCUGGGUGGUCGACUAUUCGCGCCGGUAAGGAGGAAAGUCCGCCGAUACCUGCGGAUGAGCAGCCUACCGUCUUCUUGGAGGAGGAGUCGGAACAACCGUUUACUGGUGGACUAAGACAAGAGGAACUGACCAAAGAGGAGGAGGAGGCUGCUCAAGAGACCAUUUAUCGCGACGCGUCUGGCCGAAAGAUUGACACUAAGGCCGCCCGUGCGGAAGCUGCUAGGAAGAAACGAGAAAGGGAGGAAAAGGAAGCAAAGAAAAUGGAAUGGGGCAAAGGCUUGGUCCAAAAGCAAGAAGAGGAUGCGAGAAAACGACAACUUGAGAAGAACAGAUCACUUCCGUUCGCCAGACGUGCAGACGAUAAGGAACUAAAUGAAGAACUGAAGGCUAAAGAACGUUGGAAUGAUCCAGCCGCCGCUUUUCUCACAAAAAGUAGAUCUAAGGGUCCCCGCAAACCCGAAUAUACGGGACCAUCGCCUCCACCAAACCGUUUUGGCAUAAAGCCAGGCUAUAGAUGGGAUGGCGUAGAUCGCGGCAAUGGCUUCGAGAAGAAGUACUUCCAGCGACAUAAUGAGAGAAAGCGGAACACAGCAGCAAGUUAUGAAUGGAGCGUGGAUGACAUGUAA